AUGCAAAGAAGAGCCCUGAGGCGGAUAUGCCGGCGUCCACACAUCGACUCGGCGUAUACCGCGGCCGUGACGUGUCGGUCACAAUGCCUUCGAUUCCAUUCGGCUUCACGUCAUUUCCAAUCUGGCGAGGCUGCAGCUGAGGCCAAAAGCAAUGGCAGCGCUAAACCUUCGCCAGAGUCCUCACCCCAAACACCGCAAGGCAGACGGGGUGCUUCCAGCUCUGCAAACAACACCGCGGCCAAAUCCCAGGGUACGCCCCCUCGAGCGCCAGCAUUCGGAGCUAUGCGGUUUGGCGGCAUGAAAUCUAGCGGCCAAUUGGCUGCUCAGAGUUCGUCCGUGAAGAAAGUGGUGGGCCUUUCAGCCGCCGAACAAGCAAGCAGGAAUGCAAUCAUGGCAUCGCAGCCACGCAAAGCUUCACCCUUAGGGGAUACAUCAACCACCACGCCCGUUUCGCCAGAAUCCCAAAGAGUGACGAAUCAACGCUUUCAACCCCCGCCGAGUUUACGUACUCAGGACUGGGUGUGUCCCGACUGUGCUUAUCCUUGCUUCGGCAAGAACGCUUACUGUCCAAAAUGCCGUGCCACUCGCCCUGGAUUGAACAAGGCCAUUGAAAGCCUGAGAGACGCCAGCCAGCAGAAGACUACGCCCCGGAAGAACAGCCAGCCCAAAAAGCACCCCCAACCAGACACCGGUCUCAAGAUUCGAAAGCUGGGGGCUGAGGCGGCACAGGCGUGGCGAGAAAAUAACCGGGAGGUCACAUUUCGCACGAUGCUCGAUAAGCCCCCUCCAAACAUGGAAGUAAAUGAAAAUCGCGCAAAACAGCAACGUGUGAAGGAGCAAAUUGCAAAGGACGCAAACUUCAAGAUUAAUUAUGUCGAAUUCAAGCCGCCGGAUGGCGAACAGGAUCCGGAGGAUGCUACAAACACAACAACGACAACGGGUAAAAGCGAGGAAAUUGAAAUUGAAAGAGACACCCGGAGUAGGAGACGUGCAAAGCCAGUUAGGCGCGAACAGUUCUUUUACGAAGACGAGGACUUCGACCCUGAGGAAUUAGAAGCGCGAAAACAAAAGCGAAAGCAACAGAAGAAACAAAAGGAUGUUGCCCCGGCUCCGAGCCCAUUGUAUCUUCCUGAAUUCAUCAGUGUUAGCAAUCUUGCCACCGUCCUCGGCGUGCGACAGGCGGACUUCAUCUACCACUUGGAAGAGAUUGGGUUUGAAGGAGUGAUUCACAGUCAUGUCUUGGAUGCCGAAACAGCAGGGCUCAUUGCGGCAGAGUAUAACUUCGAGGCAAUCUUUGAUACGGGUGAACAGGAUUUGAAGGCAGCCCCUGAACCCGAAGACAAGUCUCUAUUGCCAUCACGGCCUCCCGUAGUGACUAUUAUGGGACACGUUGACCAUGGCAAGACAACGCUCCUAGACUGGCUUCGGAAAUCCGCUGUCGUUGCGUCCGAGCACGGUGGAAUCACACAACACAUUGGAGCCUUUUCCGUGUCAAUGCCAUCUGGCAAAUCUAUCACCUUCCUCGAUACCCCUGGCCACGCUGCCUUUUUGGACAUGCGCCGAAGAGGGGCGGAUAUGACAGAUAUCGUUGUAUUGGUUGUAGCCGCCGACGACAGCGUCAAACCGCAGACGUUGGAAGCGAUAAACCAUGCCAAGCAGGCUAAUGUGCCCAUCAUCGUGGCCAUCAACAAGGUCGAUAAAGACAACGUGAACAUAGAAAAGGUUAAACAGGACCUGGCCCGCCAUAGCGUUGAUGUUGAAGACUAUGGAGGAGACGUUCAGGCUAUCCCUGUCAGUGGGAAAACUGGCCAGGGCAUGUUGGAGCUUGAGGAGGCUAUAGUGACCCAAUCAGAGCUUCUCGACCACCGAGCUGAUACCGAAGGGAAUGCCGAAGGAUGGGUUGUCGAAGCCACGACCAAGAAGGCUGGCCGUGUUGCAACCAUUUUAGUCAAACGAGGCACGAUCUACCCUGGUGAUAUUCUUGUUGCCGGUUCUACGUGGACACGAAUCAAGACUUUGAGGAACGAGGCAGGGAUUACUUUGGAAAAGGCCACGCCCGGCUUACCUGUUGAAGUUGAUGGCUGGAAGGAACAGCCGGAGGCAGGUUCCGAAGUUUUGGAGACGUCGACCGAACAGCAUGCCAAAGCGGUUGUCGAAUACCGCAUGGAGCGAAUGGACACCAAGAAAUUGGGCCAGGACACAACCGCGAUCAACGAAAUCCGUCGUGAAACCAUUGAACAUAGGCGUCGCAUGAGCAAAGAGGGCGAUUUUGAAGCUCAAAAGGCGCCAGCAGGUCCUAAGCCUGUCAACUUUAUUGUCAAGGCCGAUGUCUUUGGGUCGGUUGAGGCCGUUUCCAGCUCGGUUAGUGGAAUCGGCAACAACGACGUUUUCGCCCAGAUACUGCGCUCCGGUGUUGGACAGGUCAGCGAGUUUGACAUCACUCAUGCAGCUACAUCCAAUGCCUCGGUGAUCAAUUUUAACAGUGAUAUCGACCCCAUGAUUUCGCGAAUGGCUGAAAACCAAGGUGUCAAAAUAAUGAAUCAUAAUAUUAUCUACGAGCUCAUUGACGACGUGAAGGCCACCAUGAGCGAACAGCUGCCCCCCAAUAUCAUCCACCGUGUCACCGGUGAGGCCGCGAUUGGUCAGGUAUUCGACAUCACCAUCAAGGGCCGGAAAACGAUGCCGGUCGCUGGUUGCAAGGUCCGCAACGGCGUGAUCAGUCGCUCUAAGAAAGUCCGCGUAAUGCGAGAGAAGGAAAUUGUCUACGAUGGCACUCUCUCAUCUCUCAAAAACGUCAAGAAAGAUGUCACCGAGAUGCGCAAGGACAGCGAAUGCGGCAUGGGCUUUGAAGGCUGGUCUGCCUUUGAGGUCGGCGACCAUGUUCAAUCCUACGAAGAAAUCAUCGAAAAGAGAUACCUCGAGUGA